UUCCAGUUACAGAUCGGACGGCACAGUCAGCGCCACCCUCUCCUCCCUGCGCGCCGCCCCCCUACUCUACUAGUAUUAUACCAUCUGUCAAAUCAUCGUCAUCGUCGUCGUCUCCCCCAGUUGUUGUGAUCGCCAAUUCAUCCCCGCCCUGCUGCCUCCAUCCAACUCAUCAGGAACCAACCCAUCGAUCGACCAUGGAUCUGCAGGAGGCGGCGAUGGAAGCCAGGAACGGCCAUCGGAUCCCGCCGACGGAGGAGAAGGUCAUCAUCGACACGGAUCCAGGGAUCGAUGACAGCGUGGCGAUCAUGAUGGCGUUCGAAGCUCCCGGCGUGAAGGUCGUCGGACUCACCACCAUCUUCGGCAACUGCACUACCUCCCACGCCACCCGCAAUGCCCUCAUCCUGUGCGACAGAGCAGGCCGUCCUGAGGUGCCGGUAGCAGAGGGCAGCGCUGAGCCUCUCAAGGGAGGGAAACCUCACGUUGCUGAUUUUGUUCAUGGAUCGGAUGGACUUGGUAACACGUCCUUUCCUGAUCCUACCACCACCAACAAAGUUGAGCAGUCAGCUGCAGAGUUUCUGGUUGAUAAGGUAUCAGAAUCUCCAGGAGAGAUCUCUGUACUCGCCUUGGGCCCUCUCACUAAUAUCGCAUUGGCCAUGAAGAAAGACUCCUCCUUUGCAAGCAAGGUUAAGAGGAUAGUUGUGCUGGGUGGAGCUUUCUUUGCAGCUGGGAAUGCCACCCCUUCAGCUGAAGCAAAUAUCCAUAGCGACCCAGAAGCAGCUGACAUAGUUUUCACUUCUGGGGCAGAUAUCUACGUAGUUGGCCUUAACAUAACAACCCAAGUCUACUUCACAGACAAGGAUAUGUUGGAGCUAAGGAACUCGAAAGGGAAGCACGCACAAUUCCUUUGUGACAUCUGCAAGUUCUACAGAGACUGGCAUGUCCACUCCUACGGCGUCGAUGCUCUUUUUCUCCAUGAUCCUGUGAGUUUCACCGCGCUAGUUCACCCCGAGUACUUCACGUUCAAGAAGGGCGUGGUGAGGGUUGAGACCCAGGGCAUCUGCAAGGGGCAUACUUCCAUGGACAUGGGACUGAAGAAGUGGAAUUCAGACAACCCGUGGACUGGUUACUCUCCGAUCUCGGUUGCUUGGACUGUUGAUGUUCCUAAGGUUCUGGCAUAUGCCAAGGAGCUACUCUUCAACGCACAAUGAAAAUGUAACCGGAUCAGUGUCAUCUCUCUCUCUCUCUCUCUCUGAACUCUGAUGUGAUUGUGUCAGAAUUGGCAUGCAAAUAUAUCUUUUUUUUUGGGCACAAGCAGAGAUAUCUUGGCAUUGUUGUGUACUGCAGAAAUUGUAUCAUAUCAUUUAUUCUGAUGAAUUGCAAAUUAUUGAUAAAUGUUCAGCAGCA